CCACCGUCUGUUUUUUGACAGCAUUUUUUCACCCCUUAACCUUUUACCUGUUUUGCAAUGUCACACGAUCGAAACAAUUCAGAUCUGCAGGCAUUUUUAACAAAAGAGGUGCAGGCCUUCUCGGACGCCGAUCCUGAUGUGCUCGCCCAGUACAUCAUGGCGCUCAUCACCACCGGUGACAGUUUCGACGUCAUGAAGGAAUCUUUAAUGGAAAAACUCGCCGAGUUUUUUGAAGAUCAAACCACCACAUUUGUGAAUAGAUUAAUGGCGAAAUUGAGAGAGGACAGUGGAGAGGUGGCUGAAAAACCAAGAGACCCGCCUAGUUUACCCGUCGAAUCUCGCACCGUGAUUGAAUACUCUGACGAUGAAGACGAUGGCGACCGUAAUUUCAAGCAUAGACGGCAACGAUCGGAAUUCCGCGAAGAUUAUCGUGCUAGACCUAGGGAGCAAGAACGGAACAAACGCCGCUACAUGGGCCACGGCCAAGAAGGCAAUUACAACAAAUUCUUCCGCGGAGACGACUACCCUCAACGUGGAUUUAAUGCACACACAGCUAUUCCUGUCGGACCCGCCGCUAUGUAUAAUGGCUACCAACCUUAUGAUGGCCGAGGUCGCGGACGAGGUGGAAGAGGACGUGAUGGAAUGAUGCAUGGCGGUGGUCGCGGUUACAUGAGACCGCGCUGUCGAGAUUAUAAUGAGCGAGGUUUUUGUACUCGUGGUGAUAUGUGUCCGUAUGAUCACGGAGCUGAUCGGAUCAUUAUUGACGAACCCACUGCACCUUUUAGCCCACAGUUUCCUCCUGGUGCACCCCCAAUGGCGGCCAUGGCGGGAAGAGGAAUGCAACCUCCCUUUUUCGGUAUGCCUGUAGCGGGAUCUGACGCUUAUGACCCGGAACGUGCAGCAUUAGGUCAAUUUCCCAUGGACGUGGCCCCGCCGAUGAUGGCCCCGGACGUUAUGCCUGCACCCAUGAUGAAUAUGCGUGGCGGAAUGCGUGGUCGCGGUGGUAGAGGACGCGGUCGUGGUGGCGCGCUUGGCGGCCAUGCUCCACCCCAUAAGCAGCUCACAACCUUGGUGGUCGAUAAUCUUCCUCCGGAAGUAUGUCAAAUUAGCAAGAUCAAUGACUAUUUCAAGCGAUUUGGUACCAUUACAAAUAUCACAGUUCAAUUCCCCAAAGCCACCCUGCAGUUUAGCACACGAGCCGAGGCUGAAGCGGCUUACAAUUCGCCGGAAUCUAUAUUUGAUAAUCGAUUUAUCAAAGUGUACUGGUACAAAGAAGACUCUGCGAAUAAUGCCCCCGCUACAACGGAAAUCAAAUCGGCGGUUCCUGAACCGGUCAAAAACGAACCUGAUCCAGACGCAAUUGCUGCCCGUGCCGCGGAAUUAGCCCGUAUUCGAGAGGAGAAGCAGAAAAAGCAUCAGGAGCGUAUGAAAGCGAUCCUUGAGUUGCAAAAACAAAAGGAGCAACUGCUUCAGCGACAGAUCGAUGAACAGAAAGCAUUAUUGGCCAAAUUGUCGGACAGCAACAAUAUGACCCAGGCCGAAAAAGCCGAAUUAUUGAAAGCGCUCAAAAAGAUCGCGGCCGAUAUUGAUACAUCCAAAGCGGGCGUGGCAAGCACAGCACAACAACAAACCGAGGCAGCUCAAGACCAAGAAACUGAAUCUCCAGAGGAUUUGAAAAAGAAAUUGGCCUUGUUGGAAGCCGAGGCGGCUGUUCUCGGAUUGACGGAUACUCUUUCAGCUCAAGGCGGAGGUUUCCGUGGUGGUCGAGGCGGAUAUCCUGUUCGAGGUCGCGGCUGGCCUAGAAUGCGUGGAGGAAUGACGAGAAUGAGUUUAGAUCACCGUCCCACCAAGGUCUUGGUCAAAGAUAUCCCUGAAAACUGCGAGCAAGACUUACGGCGUCAUUUCGAGCAAUAUGGCAAUGUAUUAUCGUUUGAACCACAACAAGAUGGCACUGUCGUUCAUUACUCCCAGCGCUUUGAAGCCGAGAAGGCCAUGGCUGUUGGCGCUCAUUUUCCACAUGGCAAGCUACAGCUCUCUUGGUAUUCGGAUCGCAAGCCAGAUAGUCAACAGCAGCAAGAAACUUCUACUGCAUGAUCAUGAUCUUCCUGUAAAUAUGAACCGUUCUCUC